CAGUUUCAGUUCAGAAAGGAGAUAAGACAAGUUCUCCCGUUGACUACUAUCCUAACACGACAGAAAUGGAACUGAAGUGUACCUUCAAGGGAUGGCCUCGUCCUCGUGUAGUUUGGUACAAUCCAGAUAAAAAACAAAUCAUCAACGGAUCUGAAGGUUUUUACAUCUCAGAGCAGCUGGAUGGAGAGGAUACCUUAACUUCCCUUCUCCGUAAUCUUAAUAUCCAAGAAAAACACGCUGGGGCUUAUAAAUGCACUGGAAUGAACACCAUUACCGGCUGGUCGACUAAAAUAUCAGCGUAUAUUGACCUGCAUUAUCGCUGUGAGUCAUUUAAUUUCUUAUUUCUAAUACUACGGAUGCGCAAAACUACCUCCUUUGAAGCAGGUUCAUAAAAACAUAAUACCAUGUUUCUCCUGUAAGCAAUGGAAAGUAUCCCAUUUAGACUAAGAGGGACAGCUCAUUCUCUCUUGAUUUAGACAGAAUUAAAUACUGGGUGUUUCAUAUUUCAAAUAACAGAUUAACUUAUUCCUAACUGAAUUUUAAAAAAUGUAACUGACAAUUUCGUGCCACCUUCCUCUUCCAUUUAGACUAAAUGGACGCUGGAAUUUUUAUUUGUUUACCCCUCGGAUCACAAGGGAUAAGUAAAUAAGUAAAUAAAUAAUGAUUUAGUGGCGAUAUCUCAUCCACAAAGUGGUUCUUUGUCUACCAUUCUGGCUCAAGUUUACCCCGCGCAGCUGGCGGGAUUAACGUGGGAGUGAUGUGUUGUUUUGGUGGCAAUGGCGGAAUAAGGGUGAGAAGUAACAAAACUCAACCCGGCCGGCCACAUAUGAUGUUGCCUGAGGAAUCAAGCACAGGACAGUCAUUAAUGAGAGGGGAGUGUUCUCACCGGAAAUUCAGUAGAACCUCUAUAAAAUUAUAACCAAGUCCUCGGUAUAAUUCACAAUUAUUCCACCACGAGUGUGCGUUAGAUAUGAGAUGGUAGUUAGCCAAAGAGGCGCGUAGCACCGUGUUGGCUAUAAUCAUCUUAUAUCCACCAAGCGCGAGUGGAAUAAUUAUUCUAUUAAAGACGCCCACAAAAUAUUGAGAAAUCUUCCCAACUUUAUUUGUAAACCAACCGAUUUUCAUCUUGUUUUUGAUUUUGAGCAGACGUGUACAGUUACCAUAUUUGAAGAGCAUGGUAUAACGGCUCAUAUACCAUGACGGCUAAGCCAAUCAGAGCUCUAGAAUUGCAUUAUCCAAUGAUUCAAUUUUUAAUAAUAAGCGAUACUCUCCACCCCAGAAAUAAUACAGUCAAACCCCGUAAAUCCCGACAAUGAGCGGGCCGUACUAAGAAAGUGUCUGUAUUAACGGGGUGACCUUAUUAAGCGGAUAGAAAAUGAAAGGACUUUCUUUCCCCAGGGACAAAGCAACCUGUCCGUAACAAUGAGAUCUCUGUAUUGAGCGGGUUUCCAUACUGGAGCGGGGUUUGACUGUACAAUAAAUAAAAGGAACCUCGAUAUAACAAAACCUCUUUAUGGCGAGCAUAUUUUGCCAGUCCUUUUCGUCUUCGUUCAGCUGUUUGUUAUAUCAAGAUUCCAAUGUAAAGUGUUAUGUGGUUGUUAGAAAGAGAAAAGGAGACGUCGAAUAGCUAUUGAAAUCAACACUUAGUAGCACAGGCCAUAUUGGUGGGAGGUAAGAGAAGUGGGGUUCAUCCGAUCAACCCAUCGUUAGGGCGUCUCUAUAGACGGCGUGACGAGACAAGUCGCAAAAGAGGGAACCAGUGGGAUAAACAAAAUCAACAGGUAAAAACUCCAAAGCGUCUUGAUGUCCCAUAUAUUGUCACAAUUACUCAGGAGGGGAGGGUAAGAGUCAGAAUGCUACCCCCUACGGUUGCACAAAAAAAUGGUAACGAUUUUCAAAUGAUAUUUGCUCAUCAUGUCUUCUUAUCAUCUAAUACAGGUCUCUUGCCUAACGCUCCGCAGAUUACUUCUCUCGAGGUUUUCGAGACAGCCUACCUCAAUGUCAGGUUAAAGUGCAGAGUAGGUGUUAGCCCAAGCAACUGUGAUGACAAUUCUUUACAGUGGUAUUUUAACAACAGCUCAGUGAAAUUAAAAUCUGGUGAAAAGUAUGAUAUACAAGAAAGGAAAACCAACACCAAAUGCAAAAAGGAUUUCAGUCUCACCAUUGUUAACGCUACUGAUGCAGACAAAGGAGAGUAUAAAUGUCGCUAUGUCUGCAACUUCGGCUAUUCCAGGUCUUCAACUAUCCAGUUGAAAGUAUUUCCAGGUACUGAUACUCCUGUUAUAUCUAAAGGUCCUGUCUCACGAAAUUUAUCAAAAUUCAAACAAUGGAAAACGCCACCAAAUUGAGUGAAACAUGAAAAUAACCGCUCAAAAGACCGAGGAGGGCGGGGGGUGUUACUUGGGUAAAUUUUUGCUGGGUACAUGCCGCUGGCCUCUCAGAGCCCUUACCCGAUUGUAGUCUAUUCUGUGGCCAAUUAUAGGCCCCAUCUUAGUCACUUUUGGGCAAAUGUGUAGUUUUCGCGAUACCAACUUAGUAACUUUCUAUUUUUAUGAAUUGACCCCUUUUUUUUUUACCCAUUAUGUCAAGGCGGAUUACAAAGUUGCUACGUUUCUAGCGUUUAUCGUAGCAGAUGCAUAUGGCGUGCCGCGAAAUUUGUUAGCCCCUAAACGUCCAAUAUAUGUCUUUUGUGCAAUAGUAUCAAAAGCUGACUGAACGAUUUGGAAACCCAGCUCUUAUUUCAAAGUCACUGAUCAGUAAGUUCCUGGAGAUAUCAGCAGAUCAGGAUGAAAACAAUUUGACAACUCGCGCAUCAUAUAUUGUGAGAACAUUCAUGGAGCAGGCUUUAGACCAGCAACUACAAUGCAGCAGAUUGUUACAAAGCUAGCUCCAAAAAUUCAAGUAAGAUGAAGCAGGCAAAAGUUAAAGCUACAGCCCAAAUAAGUUGACCUUAGCGACCUAGAUGAGUGGCUGAAACCGAGAGUCAAGUCGAAGUGAUAGCCUUUGGUUGUUCCAGUAAUAUGCCAUGCUGGAGGGCGAGAAAAGCAAAGGGACAUGACAAACAACAAACAAAGGAAUCGUUCUAAGUGAUGUUAGCUUUUUGUUUGGCUUGACUCAGUGCGUAGGGCCUCGCUCUCCAGCAUGGCAGGUUUGUGCAACAAGAAUGACUUACUGCAAAGGGCCUAUUUAAAAUGGACAAGGCAUGGAGUAAAACAUGGUUGGUCCGUUUGGGAAGGUGUCGGUAAGAGAGAUGACUGUAGAUAUCUGAAAAAUAGUGAGCUAAGCAACGAAGACGACGACGACGGCAGUGAAAAUGUCACUAAAAAUUUAAAUUUGCCUCGUUUCAAAUGUUAUCGCGUCUACUUGAAGCUGCUUAAUUUUUCAAAUGUAGGCGAUUUCUCUUGGAGUUGAAUUCUUAAGGACUUUAUCCAGGUUCACAAAGAAAAAGGAGAAUUUGUCGUGGUAUGUUUACUUUCUCUAUAAAACGUCGCAUUACGAGGUUUCACUUCAUAGUCGUGCAGUCAACGUCAAAGUAAUGUACUAAGAAGCUUGAUACACGUGCAGCAACUGUUGUUUUCAUCUUAAAAAAUCGUUUUUUCUUGCUAUUUGUGGGCAUUGAGAGAACAAAAUGGUAAAUCUGAAUAAAUCAAGAGGUUACUGCAAAAUAGAAUUACAAUACAUUACAAAAGUAAGAAAAAAAUAAAAGAAUAAUUUACAUAAAUCCUGAUCAAAGGUAAAAUCUGAGCAGACGCCAUAGUAGGUUUGGCUUUUGAGUUGGUCACUUACGUUUCCUAGUUUAAUGACUGGGUGCAUGACUUAGGAGCUUUGAAAUUAAGACGAAGAAUUCCUUCUCAGUUUCAGUUCAGAAAGGAGAUAAGACAAGUUCUCCCGUUGACUACUAUCCUAACACGACAGAAAUGGAACUGAAGUGUACCUUCAAGGGAUGGCCUCGUCCUCGUGUAGUUUGGUACAAUCCAGAUAAAAAACAAAUCAUCAACGGAUCUGAAGGUUUUUACAUCUCAGAGCAGCUGGAUGGAGAGGAUACCUUAACUUCCCUUCUCCGUAAUCCUGAUAUCCAAGAAAAACACGCAGGGGCUUAUAAAUGCACUGGAAUGAACAACAUUACCGGCUGGUCGAGUGAAAAAUCAGGGUAUACUGACCUGAAUUAUCGCUGUGAGUCAUUUAAUUUCUUAUUUCUAAUACUACGGAUGCGCAAAACUACCUCCUUUGAAGCAGGUUCAUAAAAACAUAAUACCAUGUUUCUCCUGUAAGCAAUGGAAAGUAUCCCAAUUAGACUAAGAGGGACAGCUCAUUCUCUCUUGAUUUAGACGGAAUUAAAUAUUCGGUGUUUCAUGUUUCAAAUGACAGAUUAACUUAUUCCUAACUGAAUUUAAAAAAAUGUAACUGACAAUUUCGUGCCAGGAAUUUUCAUUUGUUUACCCCCCGGGGCACAAGGGAUAAGUAAAUAAGUAAAUAAAUAAAUAAUGAUUUAGUGGCGCUAGCUCAUCCACAUAGUGGUUCUGUCUCAAAUUUACCCCGCGCAGCUGGCGGGAUUAACGUGGGAGUGACGUGUUGCUUUGAUGGCGAUGGCGGAAUAAGGGUGAGAAGCAACAAAACUCCCAACCCGGCCGACCUUAUAUGAUGUUGCCUGAGGAAUCAAGCACAGGACAGUCAUUAAUGAGAGGGGAGUGUUCUCACCUGAAAUUCAGUAGAACCUAUAUAUAACCAAGUCUUAGUAUAAUUAACAAUUAUUCCACUUAUUCCACGAGUGUACGUUACAUAUGAGAUGGUAGGUAACCAACGAGGCGCGUAGCACCGUGUUGACUAUAAUCAUCUCAUUUCCAAAAAGCGAGUGGAAUAAUUAUUCUAUUAAAGACGCCCACAAAAUAUCGAGAAUUUUUUCCGACUUUAUUUGUAAACCAACCGAUUUUCAUCUUGUUUUUGAUUUUGAGCAGACGCGUACGGUUACCAUGUUUGAAGAGCAUGGUAUAACGGCUCAUAUACCAUGAUGGCUAAGCCAAUCAGAGCUCUAGAAUGGCAUUAUCCAGUGAUUCAAUUUUUAAAAAUAAGCGAUACUCUCCGCCAAAGAAAGAAUACAGUCAAACCCCGUAAAUCCCGACACGGAAGGGGCCGUGCUAAGAAUAUGUCUGUAUUCACUUGGUGACCUUAUUAAGCGGGAAGAAAAUGAAAGGACUUUCUUUCCCCAGGGACAAAGCAAACUGUCCGUAACAAUGAGAUCUCUGUAUUGAGCGGGUUCCAGACUGGAGCGGGGUUUGACUGUACAAUGAAUAAAAGGAACCUCGAUAUAACAAAACCUCUCUAUGGCGAGCAUAUUUUGCCAGUCCUUUUGGUCUUCGUUCAGCUGUUCGUUACAUCAACAUUCCAAUGUAAGCUGUUAUGUGAUUGUUGAAAAGAGAAAACGAGACGCCGACUAUCUAUUGAAAUCAAAACUUAGUAGCACAGGCCAUAUUGGUGGGAGGUAAGAGAAGUGGGGUUCAUCCGAUCAACCGAUCGUGAGAGCGUGUCUAAAGACGGCGUGACGAGACAAGUCGCAAAAGAGGAAACCAGUGGGAUAAACAAAAUCAACACGUGAAAACUCCAAAGUGUUGUGAUGCCCCAUAUAUUGUCACAAAUACUCAGGAGGGGAGGGUAAGAGUAAGAAUGUUACCUCCUACGGUUGCACAAAAAAAUGGUAACGAUUUUCAAAUGAUAUUUGCUCAUCAUAUCUUCUUAUCAUCUAAUACAGGUCUCUUGCCUAAAGCUCCGCAGAUUAAUUCUCUCGAGGUUUUCAAGACGGCCUACCUCAAUGUCAGGUUAAAGUGCAGAGGAGGUGUUAGCCCAAGCAACUGUGAUGACAAUUCUUUACAGUGGUAUUUUAACAACAGCUCAGUGAAAUUAAAAUCUGGUGAAAAGUAUGAUAUACAAGAAAGGAAAACCAACACCAAAUGCAAAAAAGAUUUCAGUCUCACCAUUGUUAACGCUACUGAUGCAGACAAAGGAGAGUAUGAAUGUCGCUAUGUCUGCAACUUCGGCUAUUCCAGGUCUUCAACUAUCCAGUUGAAAGUAUUUCCAGGUACUGAUACUCCUGUUAUAUCUAAAGGUCUUGUCUCACGAAAUUUAUCAAAAUUCAAACAAUGGAAAACGCCACCAAAUUGAGUGAAACAUGAAAAUAACCGCUCAAAAGACCGAGGGGGGCGCGGGGUGUUACUUGGGUAAAUUUUUCCUGGGUACAUGCCGCUGGCCUCUCAGAGCCCCUACCCCAUUUCCGUCUAUUCUGUGGCCAAUUAUAGGCCCCAUCUUAGUCACUUUUGGACAAAUGUGUAGUUUUCGCGAUACCAACUUAGUAACUUUCUAUUUUUAUGAAUUCACCCAUUUUUUAGAUUGAAUGAGAAACACUUUACUUUUCAUCUGAAAUACAAACAUUCUGGUACGUUUGCUAACCAUAAAUAUGAAGAACUGUUUUACCCCAAAAACUCCGAAAAUGUGCGACACCAUUAUAGUCAAUCCAGACGCGAAAAUGCGAUCCCAUCCAGCGACAUUUAUAUAGCGCAAACCCCUAUAUGAAUAUAUUCGGUUGCGCUUUACAAAUUGUUAUAUUAAAUUUAUGUUAAAGGUGACUCCAACUAUUAAAAACUACAAUAAAAAGUAUUAAAAACCCUCUUAAACGGAAGUCCCCCCCCCCCGCCCCUUCGGGCUCAAAAUAGUAACACAGCAAAUGCAAAAGGAGUCAUGUCAUGUAAGGACCAGCUUGAAGGAUUGAACCUGAUUGCAACUGAGUGUUUCAUAAGAAAACGAAGAAUUUAAUCCGAAGAAUAACUCGCAAUUGUAUAACAGUAAUUUCAUUCGAUCUAUAAUCAAAUUGAACAAAUAUAUUCUAUUCAAGAAGUGUAAUCAAAUAAUUGAUAAUUGAAACUAAAAAAAGCGGGAAAAAAAUGCCGAUAAAAGCUAAACGUUGAUACAAGCGAAAUCACGUGGUUCUUGAAACAAACUCAAUUUAAGCUACUUUAACUCUGUUUAAAAGGUAACGAAAGAAAGACUAAAUUAACAAAGGCGAAGGUAACAUACAGUUCACUUACUUCUAUGGCGAGUUUUCUAAAAUGUCCUCGGAAUAAGCAUUAAAUCGGUCCGGGUAGCAGGUAAACUGUUAACACUUUGAUCCUUGCAGUACGGCGGUCGGUAAAAAACUUAUAAAAGUUCGAACAAAGCGGAUACUUUUGUGCUUCCUGUUGGGCGUUUACGGUUUUCCUACUUUUGCCAGCAAGAUUAAAUAUAAAAAUUCCUUGAAUAGUUUUUUUACUACGUUAACUCUGAGGUUUCUGAAAACUCAAAUAGCCUAAAGAGUUCCAGCAAACCAUGACGUCAUAGCCCAUUUGUUUCCGUGACCGGGUACUCCCUUUGUUAGCGAAUUGUUCGAAACUGUCUAGGUCUGAAACGGGGAAAGGUUUUGUGCCGUUUGGAUACAGGGUCUGAAAUUACAUGUUCGUGCAUGAGUUUUUUGUAUUUUUGUUGUUGCUAUUGUUUUAAAUCAUCCCUCUUCAGAUCUGUGAAUAGGGUAGGAAAAGUCGUACUCUACCGAAACUGGUGGACAGCGAAUUCCAUAAAUACGUGCACUUGAAAUAUCCUUUUAAACGGAUAAGGCAAUUGGAGGGUAAAGUCUACUUCUGUUUUUGAAAUAAUUAUAGUGUAAAUUAUAGCUGAAAUUUCUACUCGUGUGGGGCUAUUUAUUACUAGGUGCCAGACAGCAACUCUGUGUCGCGAUACCCAUCAAGGGGAAGGUGAAUCGUAACACCCUCAUUUAUCUGCAUAAUCGUUUCACAUGAUACAAUAGCCGAAUCAGAAUCCAGCAUUGCAUCUGGGAUGAGUAAUGUAUUAGGUUCCAGACCUCUUAUAUUUUAGGGCAGGUUUUGCACAUGCGCAGUUGCAUUAAAAGAAUCACUAGCAAAUGGUUCGUUUCGUGUUGUUGUUUAAGACCAGAAUAUUACAAUUUUGGCGACGAGGAUGGCGCUUCUAGGUCAAGUUGGAGAGUAUGUGGACGGUAAAAAAGAUAUUGCAAGUUAUAUCCAAAGAGUGGAAUUGUAUUUUGCGGCGAAUUAUGUCAAGGCGGAUUACAAAGUUGCUACGUUUCUAGCGUUUAUCGUAGCAGGUGCAUAUGGCGUGCCGUGAAAUUUGUUAGCCCCUGAACGUCCAAAAGAUAAGUCUUUUGAGCAAUAGUAUAAAAAGCUGACUGAACGAUUUGGAAACCCAGCUCUUAUUUCAAAGUCACUGAUCAAUAAGUUCCUGGAGAUAUCAGCAGAUCAGGAUGAAAACAAUUUGACAACUCGCGCAACAUAUAUUGUGAGAACAUUCAUGGAGCAGGCUUUAGACCUGCAACUUAAAUGCAGCAAAUUGUUACAAAGCUGGCUCCAAAAAUUGCAGUGAGGUGAAGCAGGCAAAAGUUAAAGCUACAGCCCAAAUAAGUGUUGACCUUAGCGACCUAGAUGAGUGGCUGAAACCGAGAGUCAAGUCGAAGUGAUAGCCUUUGGUUGUUCCAGUAAUAUGCUAUGCUGGAGGGCGAGAAAAGCAAAGGGACAUGACAAACAACAAACAAAGGAAUCAUUCUAAGUGAUGUUAGCUUUUUGUUUGGCUUGACUCAGUGCGUAGGGCCUCGCUCUCCAGCAUGGCAGGUUUGUGCAACAAGAAUGACUUACUGCAAAGGGCCUAUUUAAAAUGAACAAGGCAUGGAGUAAAACAUGGUUGGUUGGAAGGUGUCGGUAAGAGAGAUGACUGUAGUUAUCUUAAAAAUCGUGAGCUAAGCAACGACGACGACGGCAGUGAAAACGUCACUAAAAAAUUAAAUUUGCCAUAUUUCAAAUGUUAUCGCGUCUACUUGAAGCUGCUUAAUUUUUCAAAUGUAGGCGAUUUCUCUUGGAGUUGAAUUCUUAAGGACUUUAUCCAGGUUCAGAAAGAAAAAGGAGAAUUUGUCGUUGUAUGUUUACUUUCUCUAUAAAACGUCGCAUUAGGAGGUUUCACUUCAUAGUCGUGCAGUCAACGUCAAAGUAAUGUACUAAGAAACUUGAUGCACGUGCAGCAAAUGUUGUUUUCCUCUUAAAAAAUUGUUUUUUCUUGCUAUUUGUGGGCAUGGAGAGAAUAAAAUGGUAGAUCUGAAUAAAUCAAGAGGUCACUACAAAAUAGAAUUACAAUACAUUACAAAAGUAAGAAAAAAAUAAUUUACAUAAAUCCUGAUCAAAAGUGAAAUCUGAGCAGACGCCAUAGUAGGUUUGGCUUUUGAGUUGGUCACUUAAGUUCCCUAGUUUAAUGACUGGGUGCAUGACUUACGAGCUUUGAAAUUAAGACGAAAAAUUCCUUCUCAGUUUCAGUUGAGAGAGUAUAUAAGACAAGUUCUCCCGUUGACUACUAUCCUGACACGACAGAAAUGGAACUGAAGUGUACCUUCAAGGGAUGGCCUCGUCCUCGUGUAGUUUGGUCCAAUCCAGAAAACAAACAAAUCAUCAACGGAUCUGAAGGUUUUUACAUCUCAGAGCAGCUGCGUGGAAAGGAUACCUUAAGUUCCCUUCUCCGUAAUGCUAAUAUCCAAGAAAAACACGCAGGGGCUUAUAAAUGCACUGGAAUGAACAACAUUACCGGCUGGUCGAGUGAAAAAUCAGGGUAUACUGACCUGAAUUAUCGCUGUGAGUCAUUUAAUUUCUUAUUUCUAAUACUACGGAUGCGCAAAACUACCUCCUUUGAAGCAGGUUCAUAAAAACAUAAUACCAUGUUUCUCCUGUAAGCAAUGGAAAGUAUCCCAUUUAGACUAAGAGGGACAGCUCAUUCUCUCUUGAUUUAGACAGAAUUAAAUAUUGGGUGUUUCAUAUUUCAAAUAACAGAUUAACUAAUUCCUAACUGAAUUUAAAAAAAUGUAACUGACAAUUUCGUUCCAGGAAUUUUCAUUUGUUUACCCCCCGAGGCACAAGGGAUAAGUAAAUAAGUAAAUAAAUAAAUAAUGAUUUAGUGGCGCUAGCUCAUCCACAAAGUGGUUCUGUUUCAAAUUUACCCUGUGCAGCUGGCGGGAUUAACGUGGGAGUGAUGUGUUGUUUUGAUGGCCAUGGCGGAAUAAGAGUGAGAAGCAACAAAACUCCCAACACGGUCGGCCACAUAUGAUGUUGCCUGAGGAAUCAAGCACAGGACAGUCAUUAAUGAGGGAGGAGUGUUCUCACCUGAAAUUCAGUAGAACCUCUAUAUAACGGAGUCGACGGUAUAAUUCACAAUUAUUCCACUUAUUCCACGAGUGUGCGUUAGAUAUGACAUGGUAGUUAGCCAACGAGGCGCGUAGCACCGAGUUUUCAAUAAUCAUCUCAUAUCCAACAAGCGCGAGUGGAAUAACUAUUCUAUUAAAAACGCCGAGAAAAUAUCGAGUAACCUUCCCGACUUUAUUUGUAAACCAAACGAUUUUCAUCUUGUUUUUAUAAUUUUGAGCAGACGCGUACAGUUACCAUAUUUGAAGAGCAUGGUAUAACGGCUCAUAAACCAUGAUCGUUAAGCCAAUCAAAGCACUAGAAUUGCAUUAUCCAAUGAUUCAAUUUUUAAUAAUAAGCGAUACUCUCCGCCCCAGAAAUAAUACAGUCAAACCCCGUAAAUCCCGACACUGAAGGGGCCGUACUAAGAAAGAGUCUGUAUUAGCGGGUUGACCUUAUUAAGCGGGUAGAAAAUGGAAGGGCUUUCUUUCCCCAGGGACAAAGCAAACUGUCCGUAACAAUGAGAUGUUUGUAUUGAGCGGGUGUCCAUACUGGAGCGGGGUUUGACUAUACAAUAAAUAAAAGGAACCUCGAUAUAACAAAACCUCUUUACAGUGAGCAUAUUUUGCCAGUCCUUUGGGUUUUCGUUCAGCUGUUCGUUAUAUCGAGAUUCCAAUGUAAAGUGUUAUGUGAUUGUUAAAAAGAGAAAACGAGACCUCCAAUAGCUAUUGAAAUCAACCCUUAGUAGCACAGGCCAUAUUGGUGGGAGGUAAGAGAAGUGGGGUUCAUCCGAUCAACCCAUCGUUAGAGCGUCUUUAUAGACGGCGUGACGAGACAAGUCGCAAAGGAGGAAACCAGUGGGAUAAACGAAAUCAACACGUAAAAACUCCAAAGCGUUUUGAUGCCCCAUAAAUUGUCACAAAUACACAGGAGGGAAGUGGAAGAGUAAGAAUGUUACCCCUUACGGUUGCACAAAAAAAUGGUAACGAUUUUCAAAUGAUAUUUGCUCAUCAUAUCUUCUUAUUAUAUAAUACAGGUAUCAUCCAGGCUCCGCAGAUUUCGUCUCCCCGGGUUUCGGUGACAGCCUACUCCAAUGUCAGUUUAAAGUGCUUAGCAUUUGUUAGGCCAAGCGACUGUUGGGACAAUUCUUUACGGUGGUAUUUUAACAACAGCUCAGGGGAAUUAAAAUGUGGUGAAAAGUAUGAUAUACAAGAAAGGAAAACCAACACCAAAUGCAAAACAGAUUUCAUUCUCACCAUUAUUAACGUUACUGAAGCAGACGAGGGAAAGUAUAAAUGUCAGUGGCUCUGCGAAGAGUACUACCCCGACGAUUCCAGGUCUUCAAUUAUCCAGCUGAAAGUAUUUCCUCCUCCAGAAGAAGGUACUGAUACUCCUGUGAUAUCUAAAGGUCUUGUGUCACGAAAUUUUAUCAAAUUUAAAAAGUGGAAAACCCCACCAAAUUGAUUGAAACAUAAAAAUAACCGCUCAAAACCCAGGGGGGGGGUACGGUACUUGUGUAAAUGUGUAACUUGUGUGGCAAAUAUGUAAUUUUCGCGAUCCCAACUUAGUCCCUUUCUAUUUUUAUGAAUUGACCCAUUUUUUAGAUGGAAAGAGGAACACUUUACUUUUCAUCUGCAGUACAAACAUUCUGGUUCGUUUUCUAACCAUAAAUAUGGAGAACUAUCUUACCCGAAAAACUCCGGAAAUGUGCGAGCCCAUUAUAGUCAAUCCAGUCGUGAAAAUGCUCAGGGCUCAAAACAGUAACACAGCAAAUACAAAAGGAGUCAUGUCAUGUGAGGACAAGCUUGAAGGGUUGAAACUGCUUGCAACUAAGUGUUUCAUUAGAAAUCCGAAGAAUAACUCGCAAUUGCAUAAUUUCAUUCGAUCUGAAAUCAAAUUGUACAAAUAUGUUCUAUUUAAUAAGUGUAAUCAAAUAAUUGAUACAUGAAACUAGAAAAAGCGGAAUAAAUGCCGCUAAAUGCUAAACGUUGAUACAAGCGAAGUCACAUGGUUCUUGAAACAAACUCAAUUUAAGCUACUUCAACUCUGUCUAAAAAGUAACGAAAGAAAGACUAAAUUAACAAAACGAAGGCAACAUAUAGUUCACUUACUCCUAUGGCGACUGUUUUCUUAAACGUUCUUGAAUAGGCAUUAAAUCGGUCUGGGUAGUAGGUAAACUGUUAAUACUUUGAUCUUUGCUGUACGGCGGUCGGUAAAAGACUUAUAAAAACUCGAAUAAAGCGGAUACUUUUCUGGUUCCUGUUGGGCGUUUAUGGUUUUCCAACUUUUGUCAGCUAGAUUAAAUAUAAAGAUUCCUUGAAUAGUUCUUUUAUUACGUUAACACUGAGGUUUUUGAAAACUGAAAUAGCCUAAAAGUUUUUCAAAAGUAUUUUUUAUGUCUGCAACUUUUCAUAUAAUGUUUGGGAGACAAAUGUGUUCGACAUGAAGCAGCGAUUUUGGCAUUUGCAAGUGAUUUCUUAACUCACGCCGAGUUCCAUUGAAGAAAUUAUAUGUUCGUGCAUGAGUUUUUUAUAUUUUUGUUGUUGCUAUUGUUUUAAAUCAUCCGCCUUCAGGUCUGUGAAUAGGGAAGGAAAAGUCGUACUCUACCGACAGACAGGUAGACAGCGAGUUCCAUAAAUACGUGCACUUGAAAUUUCCUUUUAAACGGAUAGGGCAAUAGGAGGGUAAAGUUUACUUCUGUUUUUGAAAUAAUUAUAGUGUAAAUUAUAGCUGCUAUACUACUACAUAAGAAAUUUCUGCAGGACUGGUAUUUGGUAUUUUGGUACUGGUAUUUUACGUAUAACAAUUUUGAAAUAUCACUCAUAGUAUUUAUGCCAAAUAUCACUGCUAAUCAUGCUAUUACCUAUACUUAUACCACUACAUGAGAAAUUUCUGCAAUUUGAUUGGCUUAGAGCAGUGGUAUUUCAGCUUGAAAUACCUACAUAUGAAAAUUACAAAACCUUUGCGGGUAGUAGUAUAAACAAAUAAUAGCAUGAUUUGUAGAUGAUAUUUGGCAUAAACACCACUCGUGAUAUUUCAAAAUUGUCACAAAUUUCACUUGCCUAACGGCUCGUGAAAUUACGUAUAACAAUUUCGAAAUAUCACUUCAAAUCAUGCUAUUACCUGAACAAAUUUCUACUUGUGCGGCUAUUUAUUACUAGGUGCCAGACAGCAACUCUGUCGCUAUACCCAUGUAGGGGACGGCGACUCGUAACACCCUCCUUUAUCUGCAUAAUCGUUUCACAUGAUACAGUAGCGGAAUCAGAAUCCAACAUCUGGGUUGAGUAAUCAGUAUUAGGUUCCAGACCGCUUAUAUGUUAGGGCAGGUUUUACACAUGCGCAGUUGCAUUAAAAUAAUGACUAGCAAAUGUUCGUUUCUUUUUGUUGUUUAAGACCAGAAUAUUACAAUUUUGGCGACGAGGAUGGCGCUUGUAGGUCAAGUUGGAGAGUAUGUGGACGGUAAAAAAGAUAUUGCAAGUUAUAUCCAAAGAGUGGAAUUGUAUUUUGCGGCGAAUUAUGUCAAGGCGGAUUACAAAGUUGCUACGUUUCUAGCGUUUAUCGUAGCAGAUGCAUAUGGCGUGCUGCGAAAUUUGUUAUCCCCUGAACGUCCAAAAGAUAAGUCUUUUGAGCAAUAGUAUAAAAAGCUGACUGAACGAUUUGGAAACCCAGUUCUAAUUUCAAAGUCACUGAUGAAUAAGUUCCUGGAGAUAUCAGCAGUCAGGAUAAAAACAAUUUGACAACUCGCGCAACACUGUGAGAACAUUCAUGGAGCAGGCUUUAGACCAGCAACUAAGACUUGACCCAGGUCAAAUUCAAACAAAUCGAAGUGGCUCAGGAGAAAGAACACGCAAAGACUCAUGUAAUGCUUUGUGAGCUAAGAAAAACAUGUACUGACAUUGUAUGAAACCUAGAAGAAUCAACUGUAAGUGAACGAUGGUAAUCAGUUAUAAGAGAAGAUGGGUUUGUGCUUUAGAUGCCACAGUAGAGAACAUCGUCGGCUGAUACAUUCCAAUCCUUGCAAGAAGCCACAGGAGAGACGUCAUAACCUGGAGUACCAACUAAUCACAAGAGCUGUUGAGGUUCUGAAGACUUGAACCGGUAAGUGUGCCACGCCCUGAAAGGGUAGCGCUGCAGAUGAUACCCACCAUAUUGAUGGUGGGUCUGGGUCGUCCUUCCUCAAGAGGAGAUCGCUGAUAAACUGGGUUUUUACGCACUCUGUGUUGCAGCUUUUAGAACAAAGUCGAAUGUAAUGGAUAGCAAAACUGUAGCUGUUCGCCAGCCUUGAGGGUAUGAAUUUGAACAACAAGAAGCAAUUAUUUUCUGUGGAAAUUUGUGAAAUAAAAACAAUUGAUUGGUCCGUCAAUGCAAGAAAUUAGAUCAUAAUCGCGACUUGGAGAUCAUAAAGCCAGUUCAACAUAUAGAAGUUGAUUGAGAAGUGAUUAUUAUGGGGAACUCAUUUUACCACUUGAAUAUCGCAAAGGACAUCUGGGGGAGCCUGUAAGAGUAAGGAAAACCACUCUCAUAGACAACAGUUGCAAAAGUCUCGGAUGAAGCAAACGAGUGUCAUGAGGCUUGCCAUGUUUACACAUAUACCAUGAGAUCUUUACUCCAGAAAAGAGGGCCGAUGAGCUAAUGCAGAAGAUGUGGGACGAAAACGUUGUGGGAAUUGCUGAUCAAAACAAGCGCUUGAAAGCUGAGGAGGUGCUUGCUGCGCGCAAAGAGGCACAAUCAAGGCGUUAUGCUGAGGGGCUAUGAAGUGGCAAUUCCAUGGAAGGACGAUAAUACGCCGUUGUGUUCAAACAGAAAGACUGCUGAACACCGACUUAUCUCUUGCGAAACACCUUCAGCCAAGACUGGAGGUUGCUGAGAAAUACUGCCAGGUGGUAGAAGCCAAGGUAUAAAAGAAUGAAUCCAAGGGUUACAUCCAAAUUGCAUCCAAUUGGUACCCACCUCAUUUUCAUGUAGUGAGAGAAGACAAAGAGACUACGAAAGUGAGGAUAGUCUACUAUUCAGUAACCAUAUACGUAGGAAUGAGCCAUAAUAGCAUUUUGCCUGGACCAACUGAGCAAGAUGUCUUUUUUUAAAUGCACUUUUUUGUUUCCGCAGUUAUCUUGUGGCCCUUGUAGCAGAUCUGACGGAAAGUUUCUCACAAGUUACCAUGGCAAGGAAAGACGGAGGGCACCACCCCUUCCUGUGGGGGUAGAGGUUACACCUCUCUAGACACUCUAUGAAGCAAUGACCUUGAUGUUCGAUGACCGCGCCUCACUUUAUCUUGCCCAGUACGUUGUGCGACAACAUGCAGAAGAUAACAGAAAUGACCACCCGCUAGCAAUAGCCAUAAUCCUAUUACAGGUGUACGUGGAUGACAUUAUGACUUCAUUGAGCACUAACGAUGAAGCGAUUAAAGCUCGAGAGUAGCUUAGGGAGCCACUUGGCAAGACAGGCUUCAAAAUGCGGUCUGGUUGUAGCAACAGGCCAGAACUACCUUGCAUGAAAGCAUAAGGAAAGCAAUAAGAUGAUGAGACGGAUGUGUUUAACUUCAAGUUGAAUCCCCUGCAGGAUGUUGUCUAUACCGAGCGAAGGUUCGGAAAGAAAUUUUAUAUGCUUUUUUACCCAUUACAGAUGCUAGAGGAAGGAUGGAUAUGCAGGGAACAUGGUUACUGGGUUUAAAAUAGGAUGACUUGAAGAAGACGUAUCCAGAAUGGUUCAGUGAGUUACCAGAAUUUUCCAGAGGACAGUUUUCAAGGUGCUAUCGCAUUGCUGGGAAAAUUGAUGUUUGCACAUCUAUUCAUACAAUGGUAAACGCGUCGCUGUUGGCAUAUGCAGAUGUAACUUACGUUAGGCACAAAUAUGAAGAUGCAGCUCGAGAAGAAGAAGAAGAAGAAGAAGAAGAAGAAGAAGAAGGGAAGCAGGCUAGAGCUCUUGGCAAGAAAGAAAGGUGUAAGAGCUGUACUCUCUGAACGGACAGAAAGGGCGUCUUUUUCUGGAUCCAGAGUCAGUCGAGGAGAUCUUAGACUUCUGUGGCCAACGGAAUAUUUAACAAUUAUUCCUCGAGCCCGAAUAGGCUCUGAGUCAAUAACCCAUGAGGCCGAAGGCCGAACGGGCUAUUGACACAGAGGCUAUGAGGGCGAGAAGAAUAAUUGUUUUAGACAAAACAACUAGUUGGAAUUUAAAAAAUGUCGAGACCAAAAAGCCGGCGCUUUUCGCUACUAGUGGGUUAUAACAUAUAGCCUAGUAGUAGCUCAACCAAUGAGAACGCAGAAUUUAUAAUAGACCGCUAGUUGGAUUUUAUUAACAGAUUUAUCACACACCUAACCCUAGACAGUGGAGACAUGUACAAGACUUUUGUCGCCAACCGAGCAUCAAAGACUCAUCAGACGCCUAACCCCAGAGAGUGAAGAGACUCACAAGACUUUUGGCGCCAACUGAGUAUAUAGAACCUCGAUGAAUUGGCGUUUGAUCCCAGGAGCCGUUGGAUACUGAUUCUUUACCUGGUAAAGCUGUCCUGGGGGCACUGGACAGAAGAGUUUCUGGACACACUUAAUACCUAAAAGUUGGGAAUGUCGUGCUCCUUGUCGAUCAAAAUUCUCCAAUCCGUCGGAGGUAGUUUUUCCGAAUCAGGAUGGGCAGGGACGCGUUGUGCAGAGGAGUAUAAGGGGCCAGAAGCUUAUCCACCCUAUAACACGAUUGUAUCGAUUGAACGUCGCUGACCAGCCAUAGUCCUAAAGAUAGGAGCUGAGGAUCCGGAGCUCCUUGUGAGCUCCAGGUGAUAUCCCUGCGUAGGGGACUGGAACUAGUCAAGUAAAAAGUUCCCUGAGCACGUGGAAAAUUGGCUAUUUUGUGUUCUUGUUUGAACCAGGCUUUGGAACAGAAUUUUUUACCCCUGAGAAAAAUCCAAGAGGCGAGUUCCAUAGCGCCAUGUAUGUUUCCAGAUUUCCGCAGGUAUACCACACCUUCCAGGGGCUUUACCUUCCUUUCCUGCGUUGAUGGCAUCUAACAGUCCUUGAAUUCAUGUUUUUCUUCAAAGCAUGCAAUGUUUAAAGGUCAGCAAAUAGAGCUAUACCAGGAAACGCGUAGGCAAAACAGGUCAGCACGACAUCAGUAUAUGCAUUUCCGUGGAAUAACUGCGAGUUUGCUCGAUUCAAUAACGAGCCGCACCGUCUUAGCAACCCAAAAAAAUUUGUUUAUCUAGCUGAGAUAGGGGACUAAAAGUCCUCAUAUUUCGCAUCUAAUACGAUAGAGGCAUCAAUUUUCGCGCCAUCAUGUCAUCAUUCUAGGGCGAGAAAUUAAUUAAAAGCGCGGCAUUCAACAAAUGUACGGCUCAGGUUUCGGCUAAAAUUAUUCAGUGCCGUCAAAGAAAAAAACAUAUUAUUAAAGUCUGCGUAUUAAGUCGAUCAUAUUGCUAACACAGACAAAAACGCUUAAAUAUCUCCUACAAAAUGAACGGCUGAGUUUGUUUUUUCUACGCGUCAAACUGCUACUAUAUUUCCUAGAAGAGCUCAGGCAUAAUAAUAUGCCAGGACUUCAACCUGGAUGAACCAGAAAGGAUAUGGAGCAACUACCUAUUUUUUUUUUCUUUUUACGUUUACGAGUCGAAAUGCUAAACGUGUUAUAUAUCCUAGAAGCGCUCAGGCAUAAUAGUAUGCCAGGACUCCUACCUGGAUGAUCCAGAAAGGAUAUAGAACAACUACCUAAUUGUUUUUUACGGCUACGGGUUGAAAUGCUAAACGUGUUUUAUAUCCUAGACGCGCUGAGGCAUAAUAAUAUGCCAGGACUUCUACCUGGAUGAACCAGAAAAGAUAUAGAAUGACUGCCUAAUUUUUUUUUAAGGCUACGGGUCGAAAUGCUAAACGUGUUAUAUAUCCUAGAAGCGCUCAGGCAUAAUUAUAUCAUGCCAGGACGUCUACCUGGAUGAACCAGAAAGGAUAUAGAACAACUCCCUAAUUUUUUUUUAAGGCUACGGGUUGAAAUGCGAAACGUGUUAUAUAUCCUAGAAGCGCUCAGGCAUAAUUAUAUGCCAGGACUUCUACCUGGAUGAACCAGAAAGGCUAUAGAACAACUCCCUAAUUUUUUUUUUUAAGGCUACGGGUUGAAAUGCGAAACGUGUUAUAUAUCCUAGAAGCGCUCAGGCAUAAUAAUAUGCCAGGACUUCUACCUGGAUGAACCAGAGAGGAUAUAGGACAACUGCCUAAUUUUUUUUUAAGGCUACGGGUCGAAAUGCUAAACGUGGUAUAUAUCCUAGAAGCGCUCAGGCAUAAUAAUAUCAUGCCAGGACGUCUACCUGGAUGAACCAGCAAGGAUAUAGAACAACUGCCUCAUUGAUUUUUACGGCUACGGGUCGAAAUGCUUAACGUGUUAUAUAUCCUAGAAGCGCUCAGGCAUAAUGACAUCAUGCCUGGAUGAACCAGGAUGAACCAGGUUUUUUACGCGUCAAAGUUCUAAACGUGUUAUUCUUAGAAGCGCUAAGGCUUAAUAAGACGCCAGGUUUCCAGCGAAUGAUUUUAGCUGAUUUUGCGGUGCGCAAGAAUGGAUAAUUUACCCGACUUGUAAACAGAUAUUUCCUUCAGCCGAUUGUGUCUCAUGCAGGAGAAUGUCAUGUGUGCGUUGUUUUGUUUCUACUGAAGUUUAAUCAAAGAAAGCUUAAGCGAAAAUAGAGAGAUCGCAAUUUAUACUCUUACGAACUAUAAAUUAGGGCUGACCUUUAAGACACGUUGAAUUGUGCCCCGAGAUUGUGUCGCCAUCCUUCAAAAUAUAAUCUGGCUGCGUUUAGGGAGACAAUUUCCUCAUCCAUCCAGAUUUACUUAGUAUGUGUGUUUGCGAGAAUCUUCAGACAAAGAAUUGGGUAUACACUGAUUCGAAUGGCUUGGCGAUACGAAGUGCUUAAGUCUACUUACCGAUUACAACAUGUUUUGGAAGUAUUGAGAAGCGCGCCAAACGAGGUUGUCACAGCGUUCUCGAGCGAAAACGGGCGCGACCUGGAUUGACAAAAUUACCAUCGCAUGCAGCUAUCAUGCCAGUGAUUUCUGCUUUCGUCGCAUAGUGAAUAGUUUGUGAGCACAUCCUCGACUCUGGAAACAUUUGUCUUGCGCCACUAUAGAAGUUGCUUUUCCCGCUAACCAUAGGUAGAUUUCCCGCUUAACAUAAUGUUUGAUAAUUUAUGCAAAAGUUGACCUCGUGAAAGUCAGCAGUGCAUUAAUCGACUCAAAAAUAAACAGACUUGCUACAGGGUUUUGAACACGGUUUUAAUUAAAGUACUUUACGAGCGCUGCGGUAGUUGACCGCAAAAGUGUUACGGUGAUGGAUACUCAACUGGAUGAUUACGUCACUUCAUAGCAACCAGACGGUUCGAAUUUUUUAACUUCCGGAGCGCUGGGGCUCGUGAUGAGUGACGCCCACUCUUUGGUCUGCUCUGAUGUUCCUUCCCGAGAAGGGACUUUUUGGGGGCUCAUUUCCCAAACAGCGGCUGGUAAUCAAGCCUAAUUUCAAGUCAAAGUUAUUCGAACUCAGGGGCUAUCAGGGGUUGAGCAUUUUCGAACUGUUAUCAGCGAAACACCUGUAAAACAGAUUACAUUUAACAUUAAAUCCGUGUUAGAAAUAUGUUGAUGAUGUUACUUACAGUCGGAAAUAUGCAGUAAGAAUACUAGAAAAAACACUCGAUUUGUUAAAAACACGGAAUCCUUGGGUAAUGAUGACGUCUCAGCCCUGAACUUCCCCAAGAAUGAAAUAGUUAGGGAUGACGUAAAACAGAACUAAAUGCCCGAAGGGACCGUUUGGGUUGAUUUUGUGACAUUCACUGCACCUUUAUACUUCACUGUUUUGCGUUUUGUCUGUUCAGUGACAUUCCGUGAAGCAGCUGUUUUGAAGCUAUUAAAAAAAUGCAAUUUACAUUUCUUUGUCUCAUUUUGUUCUCUUAAACAAACGUCAUAAACUCUGACCACCAAAGAGAAACUCUCGAGUUUGGCCAAAAUUAUGGACCGAAAGACACUCGGUAAGCGUGGACUUGCGUUUUGAGAGGCGAAUAACAGUGUAUAAGCUCUUGGAGGGUUUGCCAGACACAUGUUUAUCAUUCACAAAUCUUCUUUUGGAUUAGCUCUCCCUCACUACAUGAAACUCAUCCUAAUGCAAUCGAUACAAGUAGAUCUUUGAUUGGAAACGAUUUUACAGACACAAAUCACUGUGGGGAAAUUAUUGAGAGGCUCAGUCUAAAAACAAGCAAGUUGCAUUAAGUGAACGCUGGAAUCAAGAUAGCAGAAGGAUCCACAACUACAGAAAUUUGCCUACAAUUUAUUUCUGCGCUGACGUAGUCCCUAUUUACAAAUAUCCGUAUUCAUUUCCAAAAUCAUUCUCCGGCUGUUAAAAUGAAUUGCAUGUAAAAAGUGCAAGAGGAAUAAAGGAAAUUAAACCUUCUUAUAACAUCUUUCCUUAUAGUUAAAAAAAUUCUUGAAACUGAGAGUGUUUUGAUCAAAGCAGCGUAAAUCGAUUUGAAUCAGUGCAUGGAAUCUUGCUUUUUCUGUUUUUAUCUCCCCAAUAUGAAAUCAAUAUGAGUCUGUAAAUUUCAAAGAGCUACACAAGAGUCAUACAAAGGCCAAGGAUACAAUUGACCGAAAAAAAAAAAGAAAAAGGGACGUUGUAAUGUCAACUACAUUAAACACCUGCAUAUAUAUAAGAACCAACACCGUAACUCAUAUGUUUACCUAUGUUAGUAAUCGUAUUUGUUUCUCUUUUCAUUUUAAAUUUCCUUUUUUUAUAUCGAUGAAAGUAAUAUGUUGAGGAUGUUUCCCCUUUAUCAACUUUAUUUGCAGAUUCUUCGACACCAUCGACACAAAAGACUACAAACUCAACUUCAACAGGUCAGUGAUGUUAAGGGGUGGUCACUAAGUAUAGUGUUGCAAUGGGACUAAUUGCAGUGGCGGAUCCAGACCUUCAGAUAAGGGGGGGUGGUCUUAAAAAAUUUCUUCGAAGGGGGCCUCAGUUUGGUCAAAAAAAAGGCCGGGGCCCCAGACCCUUCCCCGGAUCCACCUCAGUUUGGCCAAAAAUAAAAAUAGUAUCCAGAUCUUAUCGCUUUUCAAAUAACACGAAACAAUGGAAGAAAACAGAACCACCCUGAGUCGGCCCGUGAGUCGCUGGACUGUUAUGGGAAUUCAAAAGUAAUUACCGGGUGUCAGUAACAAGUUGCAUCCUGCUCCAGUCUAAAGACACAUUUUCACAAAUUAACAAAAUAUAGUGUAUUAGUAAAAUCCAGCUAGUGGUCUAUUAUCAAUGCUGCGUUCUGAUUGGUUGAGCUACUACUAGGAUAUAUGUUAUAGGCCACUGGUAGCGAAAAGCGCCGGUUGUGAAAACCCAAACAGUGGCGGCUGAAUCGCGUUUUGCUAGCUAAAAUUGUUUUGUCUGAUAUUUUUGACCAACUAGUUGGAUUUUGCUAAAACAAUUAUUCUUCUCGCCCUCAUGGCCUCUGAGUCAAUAGCUCAUUCGGGCUCGAGAAAUAAUUAUUAAUUAAUCCCGGGUAAGCCUUUUCCGAUUGUGCUCGGCAACUUUUGAGCAACUUUUGGCGUUUGGAGCACAUUUUGCCUUUCUGAGCAACUUUUGAGCCAAAUAUAGGCUUAGUGACCCCUCGGUUUAAAGCAUAUAUGAAACACGAAAAAGUCAACGAUUUUUUGUAAUUUUUUUAUUUUUUUUAUUUUUUUAUGUUUUUUUGUUGACCGAUGAUAGUAAUUAUUGUGAAGAACGAAAAAUAAAGCUUUUAAUUAAUGUUUAUUUCAAUGCCAACUUUUGAAAUUUAGGAUCGCAACUUUUUGGCAUUCUAGUGAGCAACUUUCCAGCAUCUUACGAGCACAAUGAAGAAAGGUCUAAUCCCGGGGGAUACUCCCCAAAUGGCAUAUACGGGGGGGGGCUCAAAAGGGGUACCUUUUUCAGGCAAAAAAUCGUUGAAAGGGUAGGGACUUUACUUGUUAAACUACAUGAAAGGGUGGUUCUAUCUCAGCGAUCGUCGUCGCUGCGAUCUCUGAAAAGUCAGGCUUCCAUAUGAUCGCUAUGAUCGCUGCGAUAGCUGAACUUUAUUUUCUCAGCGAUCGCAGCAAUCAGAGCGAGCGUAGCAAUCGUAGCGAUCAUAUGGAAACCACCCUUUAAGCUCCCUAGAAGCCUGCGUAGGGUCGCAGACAUAAUGUACCAGUCAAUAACAAAACUACCCAUGCCCCCGCACAGACCCCUGGGAAUCUGACUUUUUUUUUUAAAGGUUUUGGUUAAAUUUCCUGGGUAUGUUGGUAGUUUAGAUGGUCACAUACCCAACCGGCUAGCGCUUCAAAGAGUGUCAAAUCCCCCACUCCAUUAGCGACUAUUCAUGGUCAAAAAUUUUCCCCAUGUGUCAAACCGUUUAUUCAAAUCUAAAUUUCCCCCUACACACAACCGAAAUAUCUCAAGUCUAGGAAAACUGUGUCAUGGAGAUUUGUUCAUUCCAAUAACAUUGUUCAUUUCAGAAAGCCCACAUUUAACGGGCUCUUUCAAGCUCUGUGCAAACGGACGCAAUGUUGGGAGUUGUUGGCUAACAACGUUGCUCCAACAAUGUUGCGUCCGUUUGCAGGUAGCUUCAAAGGCUCUCAAAUGCUCCAACAAAACAGUGAAUAUAGGAGCAAUGACUUCAAUAAUCAUUGAACGUCAUGUACACGCUGAGCAAAACGCUGACCAGCAUUUUGACACGAAAGUCAAGCCCUACAGGGCGGGCCUCAUUUUGGGUCAAAUUCCCCACUGUGCGGAAAAAAUGUUUGGGGUAUGCCCGGGGAGUGGGAGAUUUUGUAACUGACUGGUACAAAAUCUAACCGUUGUUAGAAGUUUAAUUCCGUCUUUGGCUUAGGCUAGCUAGAUAGAUUAAGGCUCGGUACUGAUAAACAUUCGGCUGGUGCACGAUAUACCUAGCGAAUAGCAAGUCUCGAGUUACGUGACAAAGAACACAAAAAUGAUCGUUAUCUCUUACACAAUAACACAAUAAACCUCACACAGUAGAACUAGAGAAUAGUGCAUAAAUUGACUUGGUAUAUCGAGCGUCAUCCAAACAUUCGCUCAUUUGUUUAAUAGCCACGUUUAACUGAAUCUGGAUUUCUAAUUGUUUUCGAGUAGCACCAGCAGAUACAGGAGCAGUAGCAGUAGCAGUAGCAACCGCCCAUGAUAACAACGAGUCAGCUGGCCAUUGGAUUACCGCGACUGCGAUUUUAACGUCUGGAUUUGGCCUUGUUUUGAUCGUGCUUACGGCGUAUCACUUUAUUAGCAAAAAGUUUGGCAAAGGAUACCGCGCGUGUAAACGUAAGAUGACAUCCAAUCAUUUAUCAAGCAAAGGAAAUAGAGUGUUUUCACAUGACGUCACGGCGGCCAUGUUGGUGUCCCAAAACAAUGAAACGGCGGCCAUGUUGGUGUCCCAAACCAAUCCUCUGGGAGUUGAACUCUUUUCUUAUGCAAACACUUUCUUUUGUUCCAAUAAAUUUGCAUAGAUGCUGGCCACGUGAAUGAAAACACUCUAUAGGGUCUUUGUCACGAGGAUACUUGGCUAAGAUCAUUACUUGAUGCCUCACAAAAACGCUCAGAUGGAUAUAAGAAGAAGAUGCCACACAAAUUUUAUCAGAGAGCACUAACCAUAAUAUUUUUUGUCGAUUUUUGCGGGCAGAGCAUCAAAACUUAAAAAUGUUGGUUUUAACUUUUUAAGCUUUCAAUUCAUGGCCAUCCUUGUCACUCGUUUCAACAGGUGACAGGAAACAAAUUUCAAUGCCUAAAUUACAUAAUUCUGUAAACAUAUUACACAUUCCUAUUACAUAUUCCUAUAAAUGCUAAAUUACCUAAAUUACACAAAUAUAAGGCUACCAUACCAGAGGCACCCAACGACUGUUUUCUGUAAACUAGCUGUUCGGAGAAGCAAAUAUUGCCUAGAAUUUUCUAUUACUUGAGGACGACUAAAAAUUUCGAGAUUACCGUUCCAUUCAUGUACGAUUUUCGAAGCAUAUCGUAUAAAUUCCCUACGAUUUUCUGACGCUUAAUUUCCACAUUUUACUUCCCGAGUUAGGCUAUUUUUUGUUGAAAAAAGGAACCUAAAAUUUUCGGAUUCAAAAAUUUGGCAUUAAGAAUCAGAAAACGUCUCACUUUCGUUAUACGCCAAAUUUCACCUACAAUUUUCGGAAAAACAACCCUCACGCCCUUGUAGUUUCAGAAAGACUCAUUGUUUUCAAUGUAUUUAGGAGGAAACCAUCAUUGGGUGCCCCUGCCAUAUUACCUAACCCAACACUAUCACACUAUAUGGCACUUUUGCGGGAAAUCAGACGAGGGAAAAUUAUAAAAGCUUCAGGAAAGGGCACACCGUAUUUUGUUCAAUAGCUAGUAACUCGUUUACAUAUAAUGAACUGUGAUGGAAAUCCAAUCUCAGCACAUUUCAUAACAGGCGACUGCAUGAUAUUUCAAUAACUAUUUUCAAAUAUCAUAUGGGUCUAUUGCCUACAUAUUUGUAACUAAGUUCCUGAGCCCAAUUGUUCGAAGACCGAUUAGCGCUUAAACCGGGGUUAAAUUUAACCCAGGUUUCUUUUUCUUGUGUUCAAAAGCUUUUUCUCGGAUAAUUUUCUCUACUAUUUUUAGAGCUUCCAAUCAUCAACUUGUAGACAAAAAAAUUAAAAUUGAAAUGCUUUUUAGGCUUUUAAAUCUUAAUUCAAAUCUCGCACUAACCCUGGGUUAUCUUAACCCAGCUCAGAACAACUCGGCCCUGAAGUACAAUUUAAGAACUGAGAAUAAUAUCCAGAUUCAACACUGUUAGAUAUGGUAAACAUUCGGAGCAAUUUUGGACCAUACCUAUGGUCUAGACUUCCGAAAGAAAUUAGAAAUAUCUCAUCGUUCAGAUCUAGAAUUAGAAAAACAAACAUAGAGGAACUGCUUAGUAAUUCUAACUGUCAGAACUGCUAUUUACGCCACUCUUAAUUUAUUUUUAGUGCUUGUAUUCUUAUAUAUAGCGAUACAUUCUUAUCACACAUUUUAUACAUCCAAUUUACACCACUACACUUAUAAUCUUACUGUGGAGAGUGUUACAAAAACUGCUUCGUAGGCCUGUGUAUUGUGAAAUAAAUGAUCAAUGAUUGAGCAAUAUUUCUCGGCACAGGGAACUAUUCCUAUCAGUAUUUAAUAAUUAUAUCAUGUGUAUCUCAAAUUGUUUUAAGGCGAAUCAUAAGGAGGAAUCCUAGUGGCUCGAGUGUAUAUAUAGGAAAGUGCUAACAGUGGAAAAAAGCAGUCAGUAUGUCGGGAAAAAAGAAGUCGAUUUGUUAAAAAAAGGAAAGCACAUAAUAAUACAUAAUAAAUAAUAAACAAUUGUUUUUUGAUUGUUUGUUUCGCAGAUGACUUUGAAAAAGGCGUUAAGAGCCAUCAGCUUUUCGUCAGCUAUAGCUCCAAAGAUAUGGCCUGGAUCAAUGAAAAUCUGAUCCCCAUUCUCGAAAAGCACUCCGUAUCCUACAGCAUUCACACCCGAGACUUUGAGUUGGGACUGCCUAUCGUCCAAAACAUGGCGGACAGCGUCUAUGGCAGCCGCAAAGUUCUGAUUGUCUUGUCCGACAACUACCUCGUCAGCAACUUCUGUCGAGAAGAGCUUCACAUGGCCGUCCAAAGGGAGGCAGACAGCCGAGAUUCUUCGCUUAUUCUUGUGGCGAUCGACAAGUUAAAGAAAAAGAAGUUGCCUGGUCCUUUGAGAAACAAGCAUUUGCUUGACUUUGAGAAGCUUAAGAUAAAACAGGAUUGGGAGAAAAAGUUGUUAAAUGUGGUAGACGGCCCAGGGGCCAAAGUCGCUUAAUCGGCCUCAUCACAAAUGUUCGUAAUGUAAGCUAGUUCCUAAGAUAACUAAUUGCCAGUUCUAUCAUAUGAAAUCAUAGUUUGACCUAAGCGAUAGAUCAAGUGCAGAAAUAGUUGGCCCGUACUGUUUAGAACCGAAGCAGCUUAUGAGUCAGUUAGUUCCAAAUGUAUUCAAAAGCGUUCGGCUAAGGUCAUGCAGAUGCAUGCACUUUCGAACUAAGAUGUGUGCGCAGACUCAAAAAGUAAUAAUAAACAAAAAAAAGGAAGCUGUGCACCACCAACAACAGACAACUGCAAAAAAUAAGUCAAAAGCUCUCACCUUUUUACUUCGCAAGCCGUCACAAGUUAGAAUCACCUUGUAGUGCAUCGAUACAGCAUUUGAAUAGCACCAUAGGAAAGUACUACUCCGUAGCUUUCAUUAGAACGUAAACGCUUUAUGAUUUUACCCACUGGAGACUCAAGAGUCAUAGAUAAUCUUGAAGAUUAAGAAUUGAAUAGGUGCUGCUCAGUAGUCUUUCAUUUGUAUGGCCUCAGUCCAUAGCAGUUUAGUCCACAGGCUUCGAGUAAAAUCUAAAGUAUCGUAUCACAGUAUGAUGAAUAGCGCCAAGAGAAAUGAGUACGAACAGCUCUCACCAGAAUUGCCAGCUUUCUUUCAAAGUGUCAUUCACGACAGACUAGUGGGUUUGAAUCUCGCUCUGACCUUUAGCUGGUUUGUCGUUUCUUGGUAGAAUCAACAUUGACUGUAAAUGAUGAUUUCAUGUGUAUCUCUAGGCUCGAUUUCCAGCCGCUUGAAGAGUUCGCAAUCGUAUUCUCCUCAUAACAAGCUGAAGCUAACUUGGUGUGAGCGAAGGAAAACGGGCGUCGGCUUUCAUGGUUAUCGAGACUAGUUUAUUUCCUGCCAAUUGUGAUUUUAUUAUAUCAUUGCCGGAUUCGGUAUGUAUAUUAAGUGCCGGUAAACUACGUGGAGCUGAUAACGUCACUAUAUUUCACUUAAAGUUAAUAACGGGACUACUUUAUUUGUUCACCAAAAGCAACAACAUAAUUUGAAAGAAAACCGUAGUUCAACAGCUUUCAGCUGAAUAAUCAACACGUUUCAGCGCGAGACACGCGCAACGGGGAAUGCCGCGCGCGCUCCACGUCCGCUUCGUGCUCAUCUAAAAAAUUCGAAAAAAUAGUGCAUGAUUGUUGAAGGUUAGUUGCAAACUUUAGCCCACAAAAAUCCUCCGUCCGAUAAAGCUGCGUCUGGGUUGCGGAGGACAGCAAAGCCAUAAAGUGAUGAUUUAAUCAUAAUGUUUUUUUGGAAUACCGGAGUUUGCUUUCAGUUCUACACGAGAAAAUAAUCAUGUAAAAGGAGUAGAAAAUGACGAAACUUUUGUAAUGAAAGAGGCAAAGAUUAGAAUUUAACGUAACGAUUAUAAUAAGUAAAAAUGUCAUUUGUUUUUUCCCCGUUGUAAGAAAUUAAUCACAUAAUUGUUUCUUUCAAUUACUGUAGAAAUAACAAGCUGAAUGUAUGUAUUUAGUUGUUCAUUAUUUAAUUAAUUUAUAUGAUACCGAAACGACGGCUUUUAACGUUAAUAUUCGCUUGCUUAUGUUUUAAGAAAUCGUUUUUGAUCAAGAUUAUUAUUAUUAUUAUUUAAUUUUAUCAUUAUUUAAUUUUAUCAUUAUUUAAUUUGAUAAUUAUUUAAUCAAUUGCUGUAGUAAUAGUGUGUUAGAUGUAUUCAUUUAGCUAUUUAAUUAAAAUCAGCGUAUAAGAAUUAGACUGAACACCAGCCGAUUGUUAGGCUGUUUGUAGAUUAGUAUUGAAAUUUUUACUUUGUAAAACGGAUAUACUGAUGAAAAGUUGCAAUAAAAUACA